AUGUACUUCUUAAUUUUAAUUUUCUUAUUUAUAAAAUAUUUACCAACAAAUGCACUUCUCUGUAUGACAAAUCAAGUUGGUUCUUUAAUAUCAUUAUCAACAUGUAGAUUUGAACUUAAUAUCAGUGAUCCAUUUCCUGAUGAUAAAAAAUUAAUUGAAACAUAUACUAAUUGUGCAAUACAUGAAGCUAAUUCUAUGUCAUUAUUCAAUAAUACUGAUGGUUCUUGUUAUGCAGAAAUAUUAAUUGAUUAUAAUACAAAGAAAAUGAUAAUUUAUUUAACUCAUACAACUUUAUUACAAUCAUUUUCAAAUCCUUAUGAUGAUAUGUUUGGUUUUGCUAAUGGUAUAAAAAGUGUUGUACAAUAUAAAAUUGUUGGUAAUUUAGAACAAGAAAAAAUACAAAUGACAACACGUUUUCAAUGUAAAACAUUUGAUAAUUGUGCACUUUAUAAACUUCGUAAUCUUUUAUCAAAUUUAACUAUUAUUGAAACAAGAUUAGAUAUAUUCAAACGAACUAUUGAUUUACUUCAUGUAUCCAAUUCAAUAGAAGGAUUUCAACUUAAUUGUAUCAAAGAUGAUACUGAUAUACAAUGUGAAAAUAAUGAACAUCAAUGUAUAUUUAGUUUUUCAAAAGGUCAUUCAUUACAAAAAAGUUGUGCUAUGAAUUAUUCUGAUAUACAAUAUGAUAUUGAAUAUCGAUUUAAUAUAAUUGAAGAAAUAGCAAAUGAUGGAUUUGAUAAUUCACAUAGUGCAUUUAAAUUUUUCUAUUUAUGUAAUUCAGAUUUUUGUAAUAAUGAUGGUAAUAUUGUAAAAGUCGAUCAUUUAUUAUAUUCAUUUGCAUUGGCAUCAUUAAUAAAUGAUAAGAUUAAUAAUACAAAUACAAAUUAUAAUAAUCUAUCACCACAAAUUAAUCCACAAUCACCAAAUAAUAUAAAAUCAAAUUGUAUAUCUAUUAUUAUAUCAUUUUAUUAUCGAUCGAUUAUUAUUUGUUUUUUAUUUAUUAAAAUUUUAUCGAACUAA